AUGUGCGAGAGCUAUGCCCGCUCGCUGCUGCGUGUGUCGGUGGCGCAGAUCUGCCAAGCGCUGGGCUGGGAUGCAGUGCAGCUCACAGCCUGCGACCUGCUCUCCGAUGUUCUGCACAGAUAUAUCCAGCAGUUAGCCAGGGGUUGUCAUCGUUACUCGGAGCUCUGUAAGUACUGUAUUUCAGACAUGUCUACUGUAAAUGAAAUUAAUCUGUCUAGGUAUUGGAUCGCAUUGUUUAUUCCACGCUCUGUGACUAGCGCCCUCUCCAAUCGAGGCCUAGUAGUGCUAAGGUUGUCAGAGAAGUGUACAGUAAAGUUAGCCUAGGUGCUAGUACUAGUUAGCUAUGUUAGCUAGCCACAUUAUGUAAACAAUGACUAGGUUUGUUUGCUAAAGUAAUUUCCCAAAUAUUACAUGUAUUUAAUGUUUAGCUAACUACAGUCAUUAUAUACAUUUAGUCGCUUAUGACCAUGGUUGUUUCUCAAUUUGAAACAGGUCAUACUGUGGUGUGUGUGCUAACUAGCUAGCUCAGAUGUCAACAUGGGGGAGUGUUCUAACAUACUGUAGUUCCAAAGAAAACAGUGUGGCAUCUUGUAUAGAAAUGGCUUAAACAAAUACUAGGUAACGUUAGCAGUAAAUGCCACUGUCUUUCCUGGGGUGAAAUUAAUCAAUUAUUUGCUGAAGACAUAAUUGAUAUUCAAAAAAAUAACUUCUGUCUGAUUUUUGACAUUCUCUUACAUUAUGCAAUGGUGUAAGAGACUUCACUCAGUUUCCUAUAGUGUGUAUAAUAUAGACGGGUUGGUUGUUUAGCAACAAAACCGACGCAUGCACAACUAUGGGGCAAAACAGACAGUAUUGGCUUAGAUUGUUGACAACAUGUGAACUAUAUUUCGUCACCAAUCUUUAUUGCAAACAUAAAUAUAUUUGCACAAAGUCAUGAGCACUUAGUGUCUCUCAAAUACAUCGUUACAGUUGUUGGUUAGCUCGCUAGCUACAGUUGAAGUCGAAAGUUUACAUACACUUAGGUUGGAGUCAUUAAAAGUCGUUUUUCAACCACUCCACAAAUUUCUUGUUAACAAACUAUAGUUUUGGCAAGUCGGUUAGGACAUCUACUUUGUGCAUGACACAACUAAUUUUUCCAACUAUUGUUUACAGACAUAUUAUUUCACUUAUAGUUCACUGUAUCACAAUUCCAGUGGGUCAGAAGUUUACAUACACUAAAUUGACUGUGCCUUUAAACAGCUUGGAAAAUUCCAGAAAAUGAUGUCAUGGCUUUAGAAGCUUCUGAUAGGCUAAUUGACAUUAUUUGAGACAAUUGGAGGUGUACCUGUGGAUGUAUUUCAAGGCCUACCUUCAAACUCAGUGCCUCUUUGCUUGACAUCAUGGGAAAAUCAAAAGAAAUCAGCCAAGACCUCAGAAAAAAAUUUGUCUGGUUCAUCCUUGGGAGCAAUUUCCAAACGCCUGAAGGUACUACGUUCAUCUGUACAAACAAUAGUACGCAAGUAUAAACACCAUGGGACCACGCAGCCGUCAUACAGCUCAGGAAGGAGACUCGUUCUGUCUCCUAGAGAUGAACGUACUUUGGUGCGAAAAGUGCAAAUCAAUCCCAGAACAACAGCAAAGGACCUUGUGAAGAUGCUGGAGGAAACCGGUACAAAAGUAUCUAUAUCCACAGUAAAACGAGUCCUAUAUCUACAUAACCUGAAAGGCCGCUCAGCAAGGAAGAAGCCACUGCUCCAAAACCGCCAUAAAAAACCCAGACUAUGGUUUGCAACUGCACAUGGGGAAAAAUAUCAUACUUUUUGGAGAAAUGUCCUCUGGUCUGAUUAAACAAAAAUAGAACAGUUUGGCCAUAAUGACCAUCGUUAUGUUUGGAGGAAAAAGGGGGAUCGCUUGCAAGCCGAAGAACACCAUCCCAACCGUGAAGCACAGGGGGGGCAGCAUCAUGCUGUGGGGGUGCUUUGCUGCAGGAGGGACUGGUGCACUUCACAAAAUAGAUGGCAUCAUGAGGAUGGAAAAUUAUGUGGAUAUAUUGAACCAACAUCUCAAGACAUCAGUCAGGAAGUUAAAGCUUGGUCGCAAAUGGGUCUUCCAAAUGGACAAUGACCCCAAGUAUACUUCCAAAGUUGUGGCAAAAUGGCUUAAGGACAACAAAGUCAAUGUAUUGGAGUGGCCAUCACAAAGCCCUGACCUCAAUCCUAUAGAACAUUUGUGGCCAGAACUGAAAAGGUGUGUGCGAGCAAGGAGGCCUACAAACCUGACUCAGUUACACCAGCUCUGUCAGGAGGAAUGGGCAAAAUUCACCCAACUUAUUGUGGGAAGCUUGUGGAAGGCUACCCGACACAUUUGACCCAAGUUAAACAAUUUAAAGGUAAUGCUACCAAAUACUAAUUGAGUGUAUGUAAACUUCUGACCCACUGGGAAUGUGAUGAAAGAAAUAAAAGCUGAAAGAAAUAAUUAUCUCUACUAUUAUUCUGACAUUUCACAUUCUUAAAAUAAAGUGGUGAUCCUAACUGACCUAAGACAGGGAAUUUUUACAUUUUACAUUGACAUUUUUAGUCAUUUAGCAGACGCUCUUAUCCAGAGCGACACUAGGAUUAAAUGUCAGGAAUUGUGAAAAACUGAGUUUAAAUGUAUUUGGCUAAGGUGUAUGUAAACUUCUGACUUCAACUGUAAUUUUAGCUUAUUGGCAUAGACGUGACUUCAGUCAAAACACCUCAAAACAAGACAUGGUAUCUGGCCAUCCAGAAUCACAAAAACAUCCAGACCUUUGCCCCGUUGAAGUGUGCACAUCGUUUUCGACGUUGUCAGCUAAACCAUCUAUAGUACAGUAUCAUAUAUGCAUGCAUAGGAGGAGGAGACAUAAAGGUUUGAUCAUGUCUCAUGCAUGCACUUUUCCUCUCCUCCUAGAUGGGCGAACAGACCCAGUAUUGGAGGACGUGGGCCAGGCCUUCAGACUGCUGGGGGUGAGCCUGUCUGAGCUGGAGGACUAUGUCCAUAACCUGGAGCCUGUGGGGUUCUCCCAGCAGACGCCGCUCUUCCCCCUCAGCAAAAAUAACAUGCUGCAGUUCCCUCAGCCUGGAGUGGGGGUCCGGGGGGAUGCCGAGGAGAGGAAGGAAUACAUUCCAGAUUAUAUGCCACCCUUGGUCUCCUUGCAAGAAGGUGGGGGCUUUAACAAUAUUCUGUGUGUGUGUGUGGGACUUGUGUGUGUGAGACUAGGGCUGUGGUGGUCAUUAAAUUUUGUCAGCCGGUUAUUGUCAUGUAAAUGACUGCCGGUCUCACGGCAAUUGACCGUUAUUUAACAUAAGCACAUUUAGCAUCUCCAGGUCUCCACAGGUGAUAUUCCACCAAAACUCUGUAUGCCAUGGGCUCUCCAAACCUGUUCCUGCAGCUACCCAGUGCUUAAUUUGUUUUCACAAUGAAACAUAUUUCAUUAAACUGUUGACAGCGCCUCUCUCUGCACGCUCAAGAAGGAAGUAAGGAGAGAGAGGCGGAGAUGGAAACGCACAGUGGUGAGAUAUUCUGUUGCUAAAGGUAAUGUGUCAGCCUAUUAAUUAUGAAAAUAUUAAAAAUGCCUUAUUACUAGGCUAUUCAAAUACAAAUGCACUAUAAUUGUAGGCUAACACAAAGCCGCCCUGCACAAUCAAUGAACCAACAGCAUCGCCUAGGCCUAUACGUUCUCUCCUAGACUCAUGGAUAGAAAGUUUGGAGUGUAGCAUAAGGUAACCAGCCCAUCCAGUAUGCAUAAUGCAGUUCACACUGAAAGGCAAGUACUAUAAUUAUUUUUAUAUUUUAAACGUGUGUAUUUUACCCCCUUUUUCUCCCCAAUUUCGAUCUUGUCUCUUUCGCUACAACUCCCCAACGUACUCGGGAGGCGAAGGUUGAGUCAUGCGUCCUCCGAAACAUGACCCACCUAACCGCGCUUCUUAACACCCGCCCGCUUAACCCGGAAGCCAGCCGCACCAAUGUGUCGGAGGAAACACUGUUCAACUGACAACCGAGGUCAGCCUGCAGGUGCCCGGCCCACCACAAGGAGUCACUAGAGCGCGAUGAGCCAAGUGACUUCUUCCACAUUGUGUUGUGUUACAGCCUGAAUUUAAAAUGGAUUUUGUGUCACUGGCCUAGACACAAUACCCCAUAAUGUUAAAGGGAAAUUAUGUUUUUAAAUAUUUUUACAAAUUAAUAAAAAAGGAAAAGCUGAAAUGUAUUCAACCCCUUUGUUAUAGCAAGCCUAAAUAAGUUCAGGAGUAAACAUUUACUUAACAAGUCACAUAAUAAGUUGCAUGGACUCAAUCGGUGUUCAAUAAUAGUGUUUAACAUGAUUUUUGAAUGACUACCUCGUCUCUGUACCCCACACAUACAAUUAUCUGUAAGGUCCCUCAGUCUAGCAGUGAAUUUCAAACACAGAUUCAACCACAAAGACCAGGGAGGUUUUCCAAUGGGGCAAAGAAAAGGAGAGCACUUAAUAUCCCUUUCAGCAUGGUGAAGUUAUUAAUUACACUUUGGAUGGUGUAUCAAAACACCCAGUCACUACAAAGAUACAGGCAUCCUUCCUAACUCAGUUGCCGCUCAGGGAUUUCACCAUGGGGCCAAUGGUGACUUUAAAACAGUUUCAGAGUUUAAUGACUGUGAUAGGAGCACUGAGGAUGGAUCAACAACAUUGAAGUUACUACUUAAUACUUACCUAAUUGACAGAGUGAAAAGAAGGAAGUACAGAAUAAAAAUAUUCCAUAAUAUGCAUCCUGUUUUACAACAAGGCACUAAAGUAAUACUGCAAUUAACUUUUUGUCCUGAAUACAAAGUGUUAUGUUUGGGGCAAAUCCAAUACAACACAUUACUGAGUACCACUCUUCAUCAUGUUAUGGGUAUCCUUGUAAUCGUUAAGGACUGGUUAGUUUUUCAGGAUAAAAAAGAAACGUAAUGGAGCUAAGCACAGGCAAAAUACUAGAGGAAAACCUGGUUCAGUCUGCUUUCCACCAGACACUGGGAGAUGAAUUCACCUUUCACUAGGACAAUAACGUAAAACAUAAGGCCAUAUCUACAGUGGAGUUGCUUACCAAGAAGACAGUGAAUGUUCCUGAGUGGCCAAGUUACAUUUUUGACUUAAAUCUGCUUGAAAAUCUAUGGCAAGACUUGAAAAUGUUUUUGACAGAGCUUGAAGAAUUUUGGAGAGAAUAAUGGGCAAAUAUUGUACAAUCCAAUUGUGCAAAGCUCAUAGAGACUUACCCAGAAAGACUCACAGCUGUAAUCGCUGCCAAAGGUGAUUCUAACAUGUAUUGACUCAGGGGUAUUUCUGUAUUUCAUUUUCAAUACAUUUGCAAAAGUUUCUAAAAAAUAUGUUUUCACUUUGUCAUUAUGGGGUGUAGUGUGUAGAUGGGUAAAAUAAAUAUAUAUAUGAAUUCAGGCUGUAACACAACAAAAUGUAGAAUAAGUCGAGGGGUAUGAAUACUUUCUAAAGGCACUGUAUGCUUAUGGGUGUUUUUGAUUUAAUCAUAACCUUAGAAAGUGCUGUCCAUUUAGUUGUUUGGCUUUGAAACAACAUCCACAAUGACCAUGUUUUCCACUCAGUUUCAACCUGUUGUUGAACUUCUUUCUUCAAAUUGAUCAUCACAGUGAGCUGAGUUUUAAAAGCAUGAUACUCUUUUGAUGAUGAGUGUUUGAUGUGAUUUUCGAUUGCAUUUGCAUUGAUGUCGGAGUGGUUAGAGGGACAAUAGAGCGCUGAGUACCAGGCCAUUAGCAACCUGAUAGUUGUUAACGAGUUCGGUACUGAACACAUGUCCAGAGUGCAUAAGAGGAGAUUACCGUGACCCAACGGUCACGUGGAAUUUGACUGCGGUUAUGACUCAUGACUGCUGGAGUGGCGGUAAUACGGUCACUGCAACAGCCCUAUGUGAGACACGUGUGCGUGCAUUUGUGUGUUAAUGGGGUUACGGUACUCAGAUAAUCAAUGCUUUUUUCUUUUGUCCUUUAAUACAAUACUAAUCAGAGGGCAAUAUUGAUUGAAUGACAGUGAUGAACCUUUGACUCGCUCUCUCUGCCUCUCUCUUCUGUGUCUCAUCCUCUCUCCCCCUCUCUCUUCUCCCAUCUAUAGAAGAGGAGGAGGAAGAAGCCCUGGCUGACAUGGGCACCUCUGCCGAGGCCAUGCAGGUCCCGCUGGACGAUACAGACGAGGACAUGGAUGACGACGAGGCGGUGAACGAUGAGAACCACCCUGUGAAGAGACACCUGGACAGCCCCGACGCCGCCAUGGGUAUGAUGCCCACCUCCAAGAGGCCCCGCAUGCACCCCGGCUUUAGCCCCGACUGGAGCAUGGAGCCCAGGGAGCCCCUCACCUCCCUCAACCCCCAGCGUGUCCCUCCAGGCAUGAUGGCUUCCCAUUCCCACGACAGCAUGGGUUCAAUGUCUCUGUCCCCAGAGACACCUGGGCCUCCAACGUUGUUCAGACCCCAGCCGGUGACCCCAGGGAGACACUCUGAUCAUAAGUCUCAUGGCGGUCAAGGCCGCAAAGGACCCAAAGGCUCAUCCCCCGGUAGGCCACGGACUAAGUCCCCCAAGGGGGUCAAUGCUGGUGGGGCUAUGUCAGGCAGCCCCAUCCGCUCGCCCAAAUCUUCCAAGGAGCAGAAAAAGUCCCCGGGCAGGACCAAGAGCCCUAAAAGUCCCAAGAGCCCCAAGAUGGGCUCUGGAGUCAAGUCUGGUUCUCAGGGCAAAGCGGAGGCUCAGGCUCAGGUCCUGGCCCUACAGAGACUGCCCCUGUCAGCCCUCAGCGAAAGGAUGGGGAAGGAAAACAUCCACGUGCUGCAAAGCCUGGAGGACCGCGAGCUGGCGGGUUUCGUCUCUGGUAAACUCGGCGAACCCGGCGGCGACAACGCUGAUAUUGACGAUUCUAUCGACGCCGUGAUCGCCAGGGCAUGCGCCGAGCGAGAGCCUGACCCUUUUGCCUUCUCAUCGGGCUCCGAGUCGGAGAGUGAUGGCUUCUCCUCUCCACGGAGGCUUACUAUCAUGGAGCCAGGGGGAACGCCUAAGCUCUCACUGGAUGCCAACAGCCUGGAGAAAGACACGUCCAUGCCGCUUCACCUCAACGCAGGCAGUGGCCCCGGGAACUGGACCAUGGACGACUCCAUCAACGAGGUCAUACGUAAAGUAAACCAGGGAGGUCCCAAUGCGGCACACCCCCAGGGCGAAUCGUACCUGUCCUCAGCAUCCGCCUCGCCCCCGACCCCUGAGCCCCUCCUCAAGAUGUACGAGGAGAAGAACAAGCUUGUCUCCUCGGCUGACAUCAAGAAGAAACUCAAGAAGGAGCUGAAGACCAAGAUGAAGAAGAAGGAGAAGGGAGAGAAGCCAAAAGAUAAAGAGAGGGACAAGGGGAAGAUGAAGGAGAAGAACAAGGAUAAGAACAAAGAUUCUUUCUCCAAGGAGGCCAAGAUGCCGUGGAAGGACUUCGGUAACAAGGACGACGACCUCAGGGAACACUUCCUGGGUCAGAGGUCAGGGUUCAGCGGACCAGAGGGCUCCAUGAUCAAGAUCAAGUCGCGAGAUGGAGGGGAUGGCAGUGGCAGGAAGGAGAAGGACAAACACAAAGACAAGAAGAAGGACAAGGAGAAGAGCAAGAAGGGAAAAGACAAGCGGGACAAGGGUAAGGACAGGCAGAAGAUAUCCUCCCUCACCCCGUUCGGUUUGGGUGACAUGCCUGCCCUGUUCAGCCCGUCCACGUGUCUCCGCAUCCCCUCCAUGCUGCCUCCUCUUCCCCCUAUCCUCCAGGAAAAGGAUGUGAAGAGCAAGGAGAAGGACAAGAAGAAAGACAAGAAGGAGAAGAAGAAGAAGAAAGAUAAAGACAAGGAGAAGGAAAAGGAGAGGGAAAAGUCCAAGGAGAAGGAGAGGGAGAAAGAGGAGAAGAGGAAAGAGAAGGAGAAAGAGAAGGAGAAACGAGAGAAGGAGAAAGACAAGGAAAAAGAGAGGAUUAGGCUAGAAAAGGUAACUUGUGUUUUCCCAGUGUUGAUUUAUAGUGUAGCAUUUAUAACACAGUGAAUCAACACACACACUAACUGGUUGCUCUCCUUUCUUCCCUCUGUCACAGGUGAAAGUGGAGACUCCAGUAGCUGUCCCAUCACCAGUCAUCCCCAGGCUUACCCUAAGGGUGGGGGCUGGCCAGGACAAAAUGUACGUUUCUCAAUUCAAUUCAACUUUCUUUCCAUUUAUAUGUCCCUUUAUUUAACUUACAGUGCAUUCGGAAAGUAUUCAGACCCCUUCACUUUUUUACAGCCUUAUUCUAAAAAUGUAUUUCUAAAAAACAAUCCUCAUCAACCUACACACAAUACCCCAUAAUGACGAAGCGAAAACAGGUUAAAGAUAAAUCAAAACAGAAAUACCUUAUUUACAUAAGUAUUCAGACCCUUUGCUAUGAGACUCGAAAUUGAGCUCAGGUGCAUCUUACGUUUUAGUCAUUUAGCAGACGCUCUUAUCCAGAGCUACUUACAGUUAGUGAGUGCAUACAUUUUCAUACUGGCCCCCCGUGGGAAACGAACCCACAACCCUGGCGUUGCAAGCGCCAUGCUCUACCAACUGAGCUACAGGGGACUACACAAUUGAGCUCAGGUGCAUCCUGUUUCCAUUGAUCAUCCUUGAGAUGUUUCUACAACUUGAUUGGAGUCCACCUGUGGUAAAUUCAAUUGAUUGGACAUGAUUUGGAAAGGCACACACCUGUCUAUAUAAGGUCCCACAGUUGACAGUGCAUGUCAGAGCAAAAACCAAGGCAUGAGGUCAAAGGAAUUGUCCGUAGAGCUCCGAGACAGGAUUGUGUCGAGGCACAGAUCUGGGGAAGCUCCAGAGUUCCUCUGUGGAGAUGGGAGAACCUUCCAGAAGGACAACCAUCUCUGCAGCACUCCACCAAUCAGCCACUCCUCAGUAAAAGGCACAUGACAACCCGCUUGGAGUUUGCCAAAAGGCACCUAAAGGACUCUCAGACCAUGAGAAGCAAGAUUCUGGUCUGAUGAAACCAAGAUUGAACUCUUUGGCCUGAAUGCCAAGCGUCACGUCUGGAGGAAACCAGGCACCGCUCAUCACCUGGCCAAUACCAUCCCUACGGUGAAGCAUGGUGUUGGCAGCAUCAUGCUGUUGGGAUGUCUUUCAGCAGCAGGGACUGGGAGACUAGUCAGGAUCAAGGGAAAGAUGAAGGGAGCAAAGUACAGAGAGAUCCUUGAUGAGAACCUGCUCCACAGCGCUCAGGACCUCAGACUGGGGCGAAGGUUCACCUUCCAACAGGACAACGACCCUAAGCACACAGCCAGGACAACGACCCUAAGCACACAGCCAAGACAACGCAGGAGUGGCUUCGGGACAAGUCUCUGAAUGUCCUUGAGUGGCCCAGCCAGAGCCCGGACUUGAACCCGAUCAAACAUCUCUGGAGAGACCUGAAAAUAGCUGUGCAGCGACGCUCCAUCCAACCUGACAGAGCUUGAGAGGAUCUGCAGAGAAGAAUUUGUAAGUCGCUCUGGAUAAGAGCAUCUGCUAAAUGACUUAAAUGUAAGAAUGGGAGAAACUCCCCAAAUACAGGUGUGCCAAGUUUGUAGCGUCAUACCCAAAGGUGCUUCAACAAAGUACUGAGUAAAGGGUCUGAAUACUUAUGUAAAUGUGAUAUUUAAUUAUAUAUAAAAAAAUUGGGGGGGGGGGGGUUAUUGUGUGUAGAUUGAUGAGGGGUCUGAAUACUUUCCCGAAUGCACUGUAAUUUGUCCACAUCAUACAUUACAUCAAACUCAUACAGACACAGAUGAAACCAUACAUAGAAGUACUGUACUUAACUCAUUUUGUUGGCUCUAUGUGCUGCAAGGCAGCUGUAUUGUUGAUCCGCAUGCAGUAAUGUGUCAUAGGCUCUGGUUUGAUAUCUCUCUCUCCCCCUCUAUUUCUCUUUAUAUCCAUCUCCAGAGUUAUCAGCAAGGUGGUUCCCAAUUCAGAGCCACCACUGCCGCCACCCAAGAUGCCAGCACCCAAGAUCCCCGCCACCAAAUCAGGACCUGGCAGUCGCCUUCAGCCCCCACCACCUCCCCCAGUAUUGUCCCCAGUUGUACCCUCGUUGCUCUCCCCCGCCUCCAUUCUGUCCUCCAGCAAACUGCCUGUACGCAGUGUGAUCACUGAAACUGUCAGAACAUACGUGGUGAGUCCCAGUCAGACCCUCUACAUCAAUCAUAUACAUAAUUAUGUAUCUGUCAUGCUUAUCCUCUAUCUCAGGGGUUCUCAAACUUUUGGGGGCCGGGGACCCCUUUUGUGAUAGCAAAUCCAUCAGGGACCCCUCAGGUGCUAUACAAAUAAAAUACAAGGAGUUUUACUAUGACGUCUGCAGUGCAUAGCUGGACUAGUGUUGUCACGACACCAGAAUUUUGACUUCGGUACCAGGUUUAGUAUCACGAUACUCGAUACCAAAACGAUACCACGGCAAAAAAAGAAGGCAUAUUAGCCAAAGUCACAGAAUGGCACUUGAUCCAGACAGAUAAACUCAGCUACUGCUCUGUUCAAUCAUUACAUUUGACAUUUUUAUGUCAAAUCUUUCAGAGACAGACAUAUAUGCAUUAAUGAAUAAAUUAUACAAUCAUACAAUUAAUGUGAUUUUGUUUUUACCAAUCUAACUACAUAACAAAAUAAUGGUAAUUUAUUUGAAUGGUAAAUCUCUAUUGAUAAACUGGGUAAAUCAAGAUGUAGCUUAGGCCUAUUCACAAUACAGGUGAAUGCAUAUUCAAUAGGAGUGUGUGUUGCAUUGAGUUAUUGAGCUUGUUUUGGCUGAUUUCAUGGGGCUACAGAUGAAAAACAAUCUGUUUCCCUUCCAUUUGGGACUUAUUUUAUUGGACUGAUCAUCAACAUUUGCAUAGAAGUAGCUUAUUUUAUAAAAGUGCACGCUGUCUCUUUAACCAGUAAUGACUCAUUCACAAGGCAAGAGAGCCCUAUUCACACAGUCAGUUCGCUGAGGCAUAGGUCAUCUUUGGGAGAGACGUGACAGAGAACGAUUUUAAGUGAAUUAAUAAAGUUGGUGGCAAUCAGCUUUGAAAUCAGCAUAUUUCGCUUUAUGGUUUGGUAUCACAAACAAAGUACUAGGGUAGUGAAUUGAUGUUAGCUUCAGCUGUAAGCUAGCAAGGAAAGUUAGCCUACAGAUUUUCUUGCAUUGUAAAGUGUUCGGGGACAUCGGCUGCACUGAUACAGACUUGAUCCGUGAGACACAUUUGACAGAAGUACCUAAAUAUACAGUGCCUUUGGAAAGUAUUCAGUGUCUGAAUUUCAGACCCCUUGACUUUUUCCACAUUUUGUUACGUUACACCUUAUUCUAACAUGGAUUAAAUAAAACAAUUUCCUACACACAAUACCCCAUAAUGACAAAGCGAAAACAGGUUUUUAGAAAUGUUUGCAAAUGUAUUAAAAACAGAAAUACCUUAUUUACAUAAGUAUUCAGACCCUUUGCUAUGAGACUCGAAAUUGAGCUCAGGUGCAUCCUGUUUUCAUUGAUCAUCCUUGUGAUGUUUCUACAACUUGGUUGGAGUCCACCUGUGGUAAAUUCAAUUGAUUGGACAUGAUUUGAAAGGCACACGCCUGUCUAUAUAAGGUCCCACAGUUGACAUUAUGGGGUAUUGUGUGUAGAUUGAUGAGGGGGGAAAAAACAAUUUAAUCAAUUUUAGAAUGAGACUGAACCCUAACAAAAUGUGGAAAAGGUCAAGGGGUCUGAAUACUUUCUGAAGGCACUGUGUGUGUAUAUAUAUAUAUAUAUAUAUAUAUAUAUAUAUAUACACACACACACACACACACACACACACACACACACACACACACAGUGGGGGGAAAAAGUAUUUAGUCAGCCACCAAUUGUGCAAGUUCUCCCACUUAAAAAGAUGAGAGAGGCCUGUAAUUUUCAUCAUAGGUACACAUCAACUAUGACGACAAAUUGAGAGAAGAAAAUCCAGAAAAUCACAUUGUAGGAUUUUUUAUGAAUUUAUUUGCAAAUUAUGGUGGAAAAUAAGUAUUUGGUCACCUACAAACAAGCAAGAUUUCUGGCUCUCACAGACCUGUAACUUCUUCUUUAAGAGGCUCCUCUGUCCUCCACUUGUUACCUGUAUUAAUGGCACCUGUUUGAACUUGUUAUCAGUAUAAAAUACACCUGUCCACAACCUCAAACAGUCACACUCCAAACUCCACUAUGGCCAAGACCCAAAGAGCUGUCAAAGGACACCAGAAACACAAUUGUAGACCUGCACCAGGCUGGGAAGACUGAAUCUGCAAUAGGUAAGCAGCUUGGUUUGAAGAAAUCAACUGUGGGAGCAAUUAUUAGGAAAUGGAAGACAUACAAGACCACUGAUAAUCUCCCUCGAUCUGGGGCUCCACGCAAGAUCUCACCCCGUGGGGUCAAAAUGAUCACAGGAACGGUGAGCAAAAAUCCCAGAACCACACGGGGGGACCUAGUGAAUGACCUGCAGAGAGCUGGGACCAAAGUAACAAAGCCUACCAUCAGUAACACACUACGCCGCCAGGGACUCAAAUCCUGCAGUGCCAGACGUGUCCCCCUGCUUAAGCCAGUACAUGUCCAGGCCCGUCUGAAGUUUGCUAGAGUGCAUUUGGAAUGAUCCAGAAGAGGAUUGGGAGAAUGUCAUAUGGUCAGAUGAAACCAAAAUAGAACGUUUUGGUAAAAACUCAACUCGUCGUGUUUGGAGGACAAAGAAUGCUGAGUUGCAUUCAAAGAACACCAUACCUACUGUGAAGCAUGGGGGUGGAAACAUCAUGCUUUGGGGCUGUUUUUCUGCAAAGGGACCAGGACGACUGAUCCGUGUAAAGGAAAGAAUGAAUGGGGCCAUGUAUCGUGAGAUUUUGAGUGAAAAUCACCUUCCAUCAGCAAGGGCAUUGAAGAUGAAACGUGGCUGGGUCUUUCAGCAUGACAAUGAUCCCAAACACACCGCCCGGGCAACGAAGGAGUGGCUUCGUAAGAAGCAUUUCAAGGUCCUGGAGUGGCCUAGCCAGUCUCCAGAUUUCAACCCCAUAGAAAAUCUUUGGAGGGAAUUGGAAGUCCGUGUUGCCCAGCGACAGCCCCAAAACAUCACUGCUCUAGAGGAGAUCUGCAUGGAGGAAUGGGCCAAAAUACCAGCAACAGUGUGUGAAAUUCUUGUGGAGACUUACAGAAAACGUUUGACCUGUGUCAUUGCCAACAAAGGGUAUAUAACAAAGUAUUGAGAAACUUUUGUUAUUGACCAAAUACUUAUUUUCCACCAUAAUUUGCAAAUAUAUUAAUAAAAAAUCCUACAAUGUGAUUUUCUGGAUUUUUUCCCCUCAUUUUGUCUGUCAUAGUUGACGUGUACCUAUGAUGAAAAUUACAGGCCUCUCUCAUCUUUUUAAGUGGGAGAACUUGCACAAUUGGUGGCUGACUAAAUACUUUUUUUCCCCCACUGUGUGUAUGUAUAUAUAUAUAUAAAAAAUGUCACCUUUAUUUAACCAGGUAAGCCAGUUGAGAACAAGUUCUCAUUUACAACUGCGACCUGGCCAAGAUAAAGCAAAGCAGUGCGAUUAAAAACAACAACACAGAGUUACAUAUGGGGUAAAAAAACAAAGUCUAAAAUAUAUAUACAGUGUGUGCAAAUGUAGCAAGUUAUGGAGGUAAGGCAAUAAAUAGGCUAUAGUGCAAAAUAAUUACAAUUAGUAUUAACACUGGAAUGCUAGAUGUGCAAGAGAUUAUGUGCAAAUAGAGAUACUGGGGUGCAAAAGAGCAAAAUCAAUAACAAUAUAGGGAUGAGGUAGUUGGGUGGGCUAAUUUCAGAUGGGCUGUGUACAGGUGCAGUGAUCGGUAAGGUGCUCUGACAACUGAUGCUUAAAGUUAGUGAGGGAGAUAAGUCUCCAGCUUCAGAGAUUUUUGCAAUUCGUUCCAGUCAUUGGCAGCAGAGAACUGGAAGGAAUGGCGGCCAAAGGAGGUGUUGGCUUUGGGGAUGACCAGUGAGAUAUACCUGCUGGAGCGCAGACUACGGGUGGGUGCUGCUAUGGUGACCAAUGAGCUAAGAUAAGGCAGGGAUUUGCCUAGCAGUGAUUUAUAGAUGGCCUGGAGCCAGUGGGUUUGACGACGAACAUGUAGUGAGGACCAGCCAACAAGAGCGUACAGGUCACAGUGGUGAGUAGUGUAUGGGGCUUUGGAGACAAAACGGAUGGCACUGUGAUAGACUACAUCCAAUUUGCUAAGUAGAGUGUUGGAGGCUAUUUUGUAAAUGACAUCGCCGAAGUCAAGGAUCGGUAGGAUAGUCCGUUUUACGAGGGCAUGUUUGGCAGCAUGAGUGAAGGAGGCUUUGUUGCGAAAUAGGAAGCAGAUUUGGGGGGGGUGCAGAGUUGGUGGCCGGGGUAGUGGUAGCCAGGUGGAAAGCAUGGCCAGCCGUAGCAAAAUGCUUGUUGAUUAUUGUAGAUUUAUCGGUGGUGAUAGUGUUUCCUAGCCUCAGUGCAGUGGGCAGCUGGGAGGAAGUGCUCUUAUUCUCCAUGGACUUUACAGUGUCCCAAAACUUUUUGGAGUUAGUGCUACAGGAUGCAAAUUUCUGUUUGAAAAAGUUAGCCUUUGCUUUCCUGACUGUUUGUGUAUAUUGGUUCCUAACUUCCCUGAAAAGUUGCAUAUCGCGGGGGCUAUUUGAUGCUAAUGCAGUACGCCACAGGAUGGUUUUGUGCUGGUCAAGGGCAGUCAAGUCUGAGGAGAACCAGGGGCUAUAUCUGUUCUUAGUUCUGUAUUUUUUUGAACGGGGCAUGUUUAUUUAAGAUUGAGAGGAAAUUAUUUUUAAAGAACAACCAGGCAUCCUCUACUGACGGAAUGAGAUCUAUAUCCAUCCAGGAUACCUGGGCCAGGUCAAUUAGGAAGGCCUGCUCGCUAAAGUGUUUUAGGGAGCGUUUGACAGUGAUGAGGGGUGGUCGUUUGACCGCGGACCCGUUACGGACGCAGGCAAUAAGGCAGUGAUCGCUGAGAUCCUGGUUGAAGACAGCGGAGGUGUAUUUAGAGGGUAAGUUAGUCAGGAUGAUAUCUAUGAGGGUACCCAUGUUUACGGAUUUAGGGUUGUACCUGGUAGGUUCGUUGAUAAUUUGUGUGAGAUUGAGGGCAUCUAGUUUGGAUUGUAGGAUGGCUGGGGUGUUAAGCAUAUCCCAAUUUAGGUCACCAAGCAGUACGAACUCUGAGGAUAAAAUAUAUAUUGUUUUUACCAAACUGAUUUUCAUGUUCUAGUAGCGAAAAAGUACAGAAGUUUCGGUAUACCGUGCAACACUAGGCUGGAUGUGUGAUGUAUAUUUUUAUUUUAGUCCUGAGUGUCUUGUUGCUAACACUUUCUCUCUCUGUAGGUCCGUGAUGAGUUGGGGAACCAGAUCUGGAUCUGUCCUGGCUGUAACAAGCCUGAUGACGGCAGUCCCAUGAUCGGCUGUGAUGACUGCGAUGACUGGUACCAUUGGUAAGAAACAGGCUUGGCUUCAUUCAUUCAUUUAUCUACUGUGGUUCAGUCCAGCUGAUAUGACUAGUUAUUGAUGUAGAAGCAUAGUGAGGAACAUGUACUAGGAUACUAGUUGUUGAACCUAAAAAAUAUACUUAUGCUACGAUGUGGAAAGGUGAUAUCCACUUUUACUAUGUAUGUAUUCCUUUUUGAUCCCCUCCAUCUUCCCUCUUUUUUUCACUCACUCACUGAUUCCGUCCUCCUCUCCUCAGGCCAUGUGUUGGGAUGGUCUCGGCCCCUCCCGAGGACCAGCAGUGGUUCUGUGUGAAGUGUGCCGGCAAGAAGAAGGACAAAAAACACAAGAAGCGGAAACACAAAGUGCAUUGA